GAAGAAGGAGGCGGCGGCGGCGGCAGUGACGUGUGACGGUGGUUGGUUGUUGUUUAGCAACCAUUUGCUAGUUAACGGCUAGUUUACCUUUGGCAACCUACAUGUCGCAUUAGGUGGGUUACGAGUAUAUGGGAUUUAAAGGGGACUAAAAUGGCCCUACACAGCUGAGGACCUCUGCUCAUGUGUUUGUUAGGACACAGUGAUGCCAUAGAGGAAGGAGGCACAGACAGGUCUCCUCCACCCGAGGACGAGAGGUCUUCUCAGAGAUGGCAACCGAGCUUCAUGAGACCAUAUUCAUGGCCAAGCAGGAGCGCCACAAAAACCUGUUUCUGAACUACAAAAACCUGAACAUUUUCCCCGUGGAGCUGCUGAAAGAUGAAGGCCUGCAGUUUCUGGAGAGACUGUACAUGAAGAGAAACUCACUCACUACACUGCCUGACAAUCUUGCUCAGAAGCUCCCAAAUCUCAUUGAACUGUAUUUGCACUCAAACAACUUAGUUAUUAUUCCUGAAGCUAUUGGAAACUUGGCCCGACUGCAGUCGUUAGACCUGAGCAAUAAUGCCCUGCAGGUUCUUUGUCCAGAGAUUGGCAGACUGAGGUCUCUGCGGCACCUGAGACUGUCCAAUAACCAGCUGAAAUGCCUUCCUCCAGAGAUCGGUGAUCUGCAGGACCUGGAGACUCUCGAUGUGUCGAUGAAUCAGCUGAUGUCUCUACCGGACCGGCUGCACCGCUGUCUCUCCCUGCAGAAUCUGACAGUGGACCACAACCUGCUAAGUCACGUUCCUCGCCAGCUCUGCUGGCUCCACCGCCUCAACCAGCUCUCCAUGGCGGCUAACCGGCUGACCUUCCUGCCGCUCGAUUUGGGCAGAUCACGGGAGCUGCAGUUUGUGUUUGUGGACAACAAUGUGGACCUGAAAGGGCUCCCCUCCUACUUGUACAACAAAGUCAUCGGCUGCAGCGGAUGUGGCUUAUCAGCCCAAGUCCUGGAGGGCGAACUGGGUGAAGUGCUGGGUGAGGCGUUGAGUGAGGCCCUGGUCGGGCUGCCGGCUGAAGUGAAGGUGGUGGCCUCAGAGACGGAUAACAUCGUUCCCCUGGAGGAGCUGGCUAUGAGGACGCUGCACCGCAUCUACCACCACCACCCAACAGAGCUCAACUUGCUCCCGCCCAUCACCCUCCCAAAGAGCCUGCUGGAUCUGCUGCAGUUCCCCCUUGGUCACUGUCACCGAUGCAGCCAAGCCAUGUUCACCAUAAUCUACCCCAAACUCUUCCCUCUCCGUGACACCGCCCUCGCAGGAGUGCACCGCAGGACCACUGUGAGUUUUGUGGCCUACUGCUGUUCCAGUCACUGCCUCCGGACCUUUGACCUCCAGGGUUGACCUCAUUUCCUGCUCACGUCCCUCCUCCACUCAUAAGUUGACAGCCUGGUGUCCUGUCAUCUGUCAGCUGUGGAUCUUGAAGGUCUGUGUGCAUCUGAGAGCAGGAGCUCUCUCUUGAUUUUAAAAAAAAAGGUCCUCACAGAAGAGGUGUGUGCAGAUGUUUGGUAGGUCAGAUGAUGGACACAAAGCUCAAUUUUAGAGCUUUGCAUUCCUGAGUGUGUGUGUGUGUGUAUGUAUGUGUGUGUGGUGGGGGUCAGGAAAAGAAAUCUGCACAGUAGUGCUCAUUAAAUGGUAACUACCACUCACUCAUAACUGGGCACUUUUAAGAACAAACACUUUAAUCUUUGUGGAAUAAGGCUUUUUUUUUCCUCCACUGAAGCUUUCUGCAGCUUCCCAUUGAUUGCCGAGUGAUCUUUGAGGUAUUAACGUUUGUAGCGUGCUUUGUUUUGAUGAUAACUGAAGAAUAUUUGAAGGUUUGUAAGUUCAGAGACUGUGUAUCAGUUUGAUGUGUUUUUUUUUUGUUUGUUUCUUUAGCCGAACUUAAAGUGAAUGUUUAAACAAGAAAAUCUACAUUUGAGACAACAUACUGCAUGAAGUCAUGUUCAUGGUCAUAAUUAUAUAGUUUUUGUGAACUCUAAGAUCCACUCAAUAAAAUGAGCCAGGGAUUCGUGUUAGGGCUGUCACAAUAUCAGACUUCAUUCUUUCAAAUUCAGCAACGUUUUAUUGGCAGAUUAAUUAAACUCGGAAUGCAGUUCACAGAGAUGAUGAGAGAGGCUGUAACCAUAACUGUGCAAAAGCAUACAAAAGGAAGAUAUUUUCAUAUUGUCCACUGACACAAUUAUAUUGAUAUUUGAUUAUUAAAAAUCAUUAUUAUUAUUGUGACAUCCCUAACUCGUAUUUGUUUAAAACAGGUUGCUAAAUGGUAGGUAUCAGCUUUUAAGAUUUGACCAAUUUUGCAGCGUUUUAUAUGUUAAUGUGUUGAAAGCAGUCUUUUUGUCAUAACAAGCAUCAAAAUAAUGCACUCUGUAAAAAAAUUACACAAACCAAAAAGUCAGAUUUUUGCACUUUUUAGGGUUUAAGGUCCACAGACUCGUCCGUCUGUCUGCCUGAAGAAAAAGUUUCAGACACAAGCAGCGCUGUGUUUCUCUUGUUGAACUGAUGUGUGUGUGUAAAUGUUUAUUACCAUAUUGUACAGUUCUAAUUUAUCAUUUGUUUUGUUUGGCAGUAAAUGUUGAUUGAUGUUUGA